AUGACCAGCACUCCGUCAGCGCAGGCCAAUGGGCACAAGGUGAAUGACAGCAUAGGAGAGAUCAUCAAAGCCGCGACUGACCACGACAUACAAUCACUGGAGAAGUGUAUUGAUCAGUAUUCCUUUCCCGAAUGCAAAGCUGUCGAUGUCCAAGACCCAGCAACAGGCCUUACACCCCUACACGCCGCCAUUGCCUCCAGUAAGUUGCAGCCAGAUGGUGACUCUAGUGUAAAUCAGCCCAGUGAAGAAAGCGGCAUUCAGGUUGUCAAGUUCCUGCUCGAGAAUGGCGCCAUCUGGAAUCAGCUGGACCGGAACGACGAGACACCGGGCUGCGUAGCGUAUCGGUUGGGCUUGCACCAGCUCUACCAGAUAAUGGUAGACGCAGGCGUCCGUGCGGAGAUGAUACUGAACAGACUGGAAGAAUACGAGGAGCUGGAAGACGAGGAAGAAGAGGGCGACGGCGAUGGAAACGAGGUCAACGAAGGAGAUUCGCCCACAGCUAAGGCAGGGGCACCGCCGCCCAGCACUAGUCAAGGCGACGUCACCAGUCCCCGGUACCUCUCAUCCAACCUAUCCCUCAGCAACAGCAGACUCCUGGACGCAGAGAGAAAUGGGGUCAUGAUGGAUUGGGAAACUUCUAUUAUGCGGCAAUCAGCGGAUGCCAUUCUGCCGAAACCAGGCCUCAAGAUAUUAAACAUUGGCUUUGGCAUGGGCAUUUUUGACACGUACAUCCAGGAUCACGCUAACAGGCCGGCGAGCCAUCACAUCAUUGAGGCACACCCCGAUGUCAUCAAUGAGAUGCGCCGCAAAGGAUGGAUGGAUCGGCCUAAUGUGGUCAUUCACAGCGGGAAAUGGCAGAACAUCCUCCCUCAGCUCGCCGCAGAAGACGAAAUUUUCGAUGCCAUUUACUUCGAUACUUUUGCCGAGUCCUACAGUGCUUUCCGUGACUUCUUCUCCGAGCACGUCAUCAGCGUGCUGAGCCAGGACGGGCGGUGGUCGUUCUUCAACGGCAUGGGCGCCGACAGGCAGAUCAGCUACGACGUCUACCAGAAGGUCGUCGAAUUUGACCUGUUCGAAGCUGGCUAUGACGUGACCUGGGCUGACCUGCAACUUCCGAACCUUGAUGAGGAGUGGGAAGGAGUCCGUCGGAAGUAUUGGAACGUCGCGCAGUAUCGUCUGCCUGUCUGCAGGUUUUUGGACUGA